ACCUCACUUCGCUUAUGUUCAGUCCCACUCUCUCGCUACAGUGUUUUCGUGUGUUUUGUCUCUUUGAUUUUCUCUCUCCUAGGAUUAGGGUUAGUUAUGGCGUCCUCUUCAUCAGAUCACGCCUUGAAACACGAACUGGGCGGUGGUAGUGGCGGCGGCGGUGGUGGCGGUGAGACUUCGGAGGCGGUGAUUGCUAAUGAUCAGUUGUUGCUAUAUAGAGGAUUGAAGAAAGCGAAGAAAGAGAGAGGGUGUACUGCGAAAGAACGUAUCAGUAAAAUGCCUCCUUGUACUGCGGGUAAACGGAGUUCCAUUUAUCGUGGAGUUACAAGGCAUAGAUGGACUGGUCGUUAUGAAGCUCAUCUUUGGGAUAAAAGUACCUGGAACCAGAAUCAGAAUAAGAAGGGAAAGCAAGUCUACUUGGGGGCAUAUGAUGACGAGGAGGCGGCGGCUAGGGCUUACGAUCUUGCUGCCUUAAAGUACUGGGGCCCUGGGACUCUCAUUAAUUUUCCUGUUACUGAUUAUACAAGAGAUCUUGAUGAGAUGCAGAAUGUCUCAAGAGAAGAAUACCUUGCAUCUCUUCGAAGAAAAAGUAGUGGUUUCUCAAGAGGAAUCUCUAAAUAUCGUGGACUCUCUAGUAGUCGAUGGGACUCAUCACUUGCUCGAAUGGCUGGUUCUGAAUACUUCAGUAACGUACAUUAUGGUACAGGUGAUGAUCCAUCAACUGAAAGUGAAUAUGUGGGUGGUUUUUGUCUCGAUAGAAAAAUUGAUCUAACAAGCUACAUCAAGUGGUGGGGGCCGAAUAAAGCUCGUCAAGCAGAAGCUGUUGCAAAAUCAUCAGAAGAGGCAAAACAUGGUUGUGCUGAAGACAUCAGCGGUGAACUUAAGAAAUCAGAAAUGGCUAUCCAGUGCUCUGAACCAUACCAGAUGCCUCGUUUGGGCACCUCUCUUAAAGGAAAGAAUCAUAAGGGGUCCACUCAAUCUGCUAUGAGCAUCCUGUCACAAUCGGCUGCCUACAAGAGUUUUCAAGAGAAAGCACUAAAAAAACAUGAAAACAACAAUGAGAAUGAUGAGAAUGAAAACAAAAAUAUAAUUAACAAGAUGGACUAUGGCAAGGCAAUUGAAAAAUCAACUAGUCAUGAUGGUGGGAGCGAGAGACUAGUACCUGCAAUAGGGAUGACUGGGGGAUUAUCUCUUCAGAAGAAUGUGUUCCCAUUAGCUCCUUUCUUGUCUGCCCCACUUCUGACUGCCUAUAACACCAUUGAUCCCUUAGUAGAUCCCAUCCUGUGGACAUCUCUUGUUCCUCCUCUUCCUACAGGACUUUCUCGUAAUCCUGAGGUUACAAAGACUGAGAGUAGUUCAACGUAUACCUUCUUUCGGCCAGAGGAGUGAUGGAAAGGCAGGUAAUGACUAAUAUCUGGAAGCUUUAGCAAUGCAUCCCUUUGUAGCAACAGCAAGCAAAAAGCAUGUCAACAGCCACAUGUAUUCCAAAUGAAAUUUAAUUUCUGUGGCUUGUCUAUCUAGGGUUUCAGAGAAUAUAGAGCGCAAAUGGCUAAUGUAUUUGCAUAGGGAUAACUUAGUGUUGAAGUUUAAGAUGUCUAGAUGUAUUUGUUGAUAACCCAGAGUAUGAUCUUUGGCACUGUAUCAAAGAGUCGGAGAGUGGAAAGUUUUUGAGCAGUGCAAAGUGAAACUUUUUUUCAAAUAUAUCCUGCACUGUACAGAAAAGAAAGGGAUAAACUCUGUAACACUAUGUAGUUUGCGUAAAUGUUAAUGUCCUAACUUCAUGUCAAUAUAUUACCUUAGUUUUUUGCCUUUGGACAAUUCAAACGAAGAAGAGUUGAA